CGUUUAAAAAAAAAAAAAUACAGCGUGCAAAAACAAGAUGGUCCACGGUCUGGAAAAAAAGGGGAUUUUCAUUCCAGAAUUGCGGUGGCUCCGACACUGGACUUGUCUCACGCUGCGUCUCCCCUCCUUUGUGCGCGUUGCAGUGUCGCCCAGCGUUCAGCACCUUGCGAGGGGACUCCCGGCUCCAGGCCCCCUGUCACAGGCCCCUUUGGGGCCCCCUGCUGGGGCUCCGGCGGCUUCGCCCCUCACCGCCCCCGCCCCUGGCCCCCCCGCUGUCAUCUCCACGGCUCCACCCGCGGCUUAUUCCAGCGACGCGGCCAAGAAGACCCUGGUGACGCUGUUCGCCAACACCAGCUCUCCGGUGUCAUCGGGCGUCCCCGCUCCUCCUCCUCCUCCUCCCCCUCCCCCUCCGCCUACCGCGGCCGCCCCGCCCUCGCUGGUGCCCCCUGCCGUCCAGCAGGCUGUGGCCUCGCCGGGGCAGUCGCUCAUCCUGACGCAGGGCCCCGGCAACCUCAGCGCGGUGGCCAUGUCCCAGAUGCUGCAGCCCGUGCAGGUGAUACCGACCGCCACGCCCGGCGCCAGCACCACUGCCAGCCAGCCCAUCUUCAUCGCCACACAGGGAUUCCCUGUGCGGAACGUCAGGCCGGUGCAGAACUCCGUGAAUCCGCUGGGGAUCGUCCUGAAUGUCCAGCAGGGACAGACGGUUCGGCCCAUCACCAUUGUCCAAGCCCCUGGCGGUCAGUUCUUUAAGCCGGCAGUGGGGGUGCCCCAGGUGCUGUCCCAGGUGACCCAGGUGCGGCCCGGCACCGCGGUGCCCGGACGGCCGCCCACCAGCACCUACACCACCAUGAUCCCGGCCACCCUCGCCAUCCGCACCACCACGGCCGCCGCCGCCAGCCAGCCCGGCGCCAAGACCAUCACCACCGUGACCGCCGCCAGCGCCACCCAGCUGGUCCACUCCUCCGCGCUCUCCUCCCCCACUCAGACCAUCGCGGUGCCCACCUCCAAGAUCGCAGCAGGUUUGCAGGAACGGGCAGCCAUCAGUCACAGACGAUUCCUGAUGCAGGGAGACACAGUGCUGGAGGUAAUGGAGACGGACAGAGAAAGAGUGAACGUGUGCAACCUGGUGGCAGUGCAGCGCGGGGAGCGCAACGCGGAGGUGCAGAAGCUGGUCAACCUGGUCAACACGGUCAGCCCGGCCCCCUUAGGGCAGCCCCCCCUCCUGCAGGUCUCCAUGGCGACCAGCAAGGCCCCCAGCAACGGCCUGGUUGCUACCGUCGCCUCCUCCGACGGCAUCAAAGGUCAGCAGGUCAAAAAAGCCCCUUCAGCUGUCCUGUUUUAUUUGUCUGUUUACUCACGGGCCAAAAACUUUGGGAACCCCCCCCAAAAAAAAAAACUCUCUCUUUGGAUUACGCCCCCCGCCGCGGACGGCCAGGGCGGCGCGGCGGACGCCCAGGGCAAGCUCAUCAUGCUGGUGGACGACUUCUACUAUGGCAGCGACGAGGGCAGGGUGCGCCAGGUGUCCCGGGAGGGCAAGGAGCCCGUCCCCUUCAAGUGCCUGAACUGCUCCAAGAAGCUGAAGAACAACAUCAGGUUCAUGAACCACAUGAAGCACCACGUGGAGCUGGACCAGCAGACCGGCGAGGUGGACACGCACACCAGCUGCCAGCACUGCUACCGCCAGUUCCCCACGCCCUUCCAGCUGCAGUGCCACCUCGAGAGCGUGCACAGCCACUGCGAGUCCACGACAAAAUGUAAGAUCUGCGAGUGGGCCUUCGAGUCGGAGCCCGUGUUCCUGCAGCACAUGAAGAACACGCAUAAGCCGGGCGAGAUGCCCUAUGUCUGUCAGGUCUGCGAUUUCCGCUCCUCCUACUACUCGGAGGUGGAUGCCCACUUCCGCGCCCAGCACGAGGACACCAAGAACCUGCUGUGCCUGUACUGCCUGAAGGUGUUCAAGAACGGCAGCGCCUUCCAGCAGCACUUCUUCCGGCACCAGAAAAAGAGCGUCUAUCACUGCAACAAGUGCCGACUACAGUUCCUCUUCACCAAGGACAAAAUUGAGCACAAGCUCCAUCACCACAAGACCUUCCGGAAACCCAAACAGCUGGAGGGGCUGAAGCCCGGGACCAAGGUGACCAUCCGGGCGUACGCCGUGCAGACCAAGGUGGCCGGUGCGCCCAAGAACGCCCCCGCGCUGCCGCCCCCGGCCCAGCCCCUGGAGGCGGAAAGCCUGCCCCCCAAGCCCGCCGACCCCCCCUCGGGGCUGAGCCCCGCGCAGAAACCCGCCGCCAAGAAGAAGACCGUCAGUAAGAUGCUGGAGCUGCUGUCCAAGUUCCAGGAGCAGAGGCCUCCGCUGGGCAAGCAGACGUGCCUGGAGUGCAGCUUCGACAUUCCCGAUUUCCCCAACCACUACCCCACCUACGUGCACUGCUCGCUGUGCCGCUACAGCACCUGCUGCUCCCGAGCCUACGCCAACCACAUGAUCAACAACCACGUGCCCCGCAAGAGUCCCAAGUACCUGGCCUUGUACAAGAAGCCCGCCCCGAGCUGGGUGAAAAUGGCCUGUUCGUCCUGCUCGUACCAGACCAAUGUCGGGGACCUGAUGGCCAAGCACCUGGUCCAGCACCCCAGCCACAGCUUCAGCCUCUGCACCCUGGAAGAACCCCCGGAGUCGGAUAUUGAUUUCUCCGACUCUGAGGAAGAGGAGCCGGGAGGGGAGGAAGAAGGGAGUGAAACUGGGGGGAAACAGGAAGACUCGGCAUCCUCGGACUUCUGGGAGCCGCCCGACCAGCCGGUCGAGGUUCGGGAGUUCACGUCGGGUUGCGGGCUGCGGCACAACCUGGGCUGGAACGCGGACGCGAUCGACUACUUCCGCCUGUUGUUCCCCGACUCUCUGUUCGAGGUCAUUGCGGAGGAGACCAACGCCAACGCCAGGUUCUGCCAGCGGCAGAGGCUGCGGCGGGACCCGGACUGGCGCCCCACCGACGCCCGGGAGAUCUGCGCCUUCGUCGGGCUCAGCAUCCUCAUGGGCCUGCACGGCCUCCCCGAGCCCCGCUUGUACUGGUCCGGCCCCCACUACGACGGCAGUCGGGGCUUCCUGAAGACCAUGCCCGCCUCGCGCUUCGAGAAGCUCUCCGCCUACCUGCGAGUGGGCGGCAGGAGCGCGCUCUGGGAGCGGCCGGAUCCCGCCGACCGGCUGCGCACGAUCCGGCCCCUGCUGGACGCCGUGGAGCACGCCAUGUGGGAGGCCUACCUGCCUAACAAGUGCUUGACCAUCGACCGGGCCCUGAUCCCCAGCGUGGAGGGCGAAGGGGGCAAGAACGGCCGAGGCAGAGGGGCGGGGCGGCAGCCACGCGUGUGGCUCCUCUGCGACUCCAAGUCGGGGUACUGCCACCGCGUGCUGAUCCAUCCGCAGAGGCCGGAGAAGGAGAAGGGGCGCGGAUCUUCGGUGGUGCUGCCGCUGGUGGAGGGGCUCCAAGGGAAGCACCACCAGGUCUUCCUGGCCAGCUCCCUGAUCUCGGUGCCUCUCCUCCAGAGGCUGCUCAGUGACGGCAUCUACAGCUGCGGCUCCAUCGCGCAGGACUUCCGCGGGCUGCCCAAGGAAUUCUGGGAGCCGGGGAUGCUGGGAAACCCGGGCGACUUCCGGCAGUGGCAGCGGGGCAACCUCCUGGCCACCCGCUGGAGGGACAGCAAGGAGCUGUGCUGCCUGUCCACCAACGCGGAGCCGGCCCUGAGCGACACGGUGUGGCGGAAGUCCGGGGCCGAGGGCGGCGGCCUGUCCCCCAUCGGCCGGCCCAAGCCCUUCCAGCUGCACCAGGAGAACAUGCGCGGGGUGGACAUCUGCAACCAGCUGCUGGACUGCAACCAGCUGGGCCGGCCCUGCGGCAGCUGGUGGCGCUGCUUCUUCUGGUUCUUCCUCAACCUCUGCGUGGUCAACUCCUUCAUCAUCCUCCGGGAGAGCCGGAAGGGCAAGCCGCCCAGCUGGGUCUCGGGCAAGCGCUUCUCCCAGUUCCACUACCGCCAGCGCCUCGGCCUGCUGCUCGCCAGGUGCGGCCAGAGGCACGCGGCCGGCCGAAGAGGAGGAGGAGGAGGAGGAGGACAACGGGGGGAGGUGGGCGUGGGAGGGGACAGCAGGCCGGCGCCGGCUCACCAGCUGACGAAGAUCACCUCCAAGACCAAGAGGUGCCGGAACUGCAGCCGCAAGGGCCUGCGCCACGAGACGGUGUACGGCUGCACCGCCUGCCGCGUCAACCUCUGCAAGGGCUCGGCCUGCUUCAGGGAGUACCACCAGGAGGGGGCGCCGGGCGCAGGUCAUCACCCAGGGCUCCGCAGCCACAUGGAUUGCGUAGCGAGACCUUGCCUUGCACCCAUCGGAAACAAGCAGCUGUUCGGUGGCGCUGAAUUCAACUGUUCGGAGAAAGUUCUCGGCCAAAAUCGUACGUUGCUGUUUCGUGGGGGGGGGGGGCAGGGGGCAGGCAGAGGGACAGCAGAGCGAUCCUCUGGUGCCGCCGGGGGGGGCUGCUGCUGCCUGGUCUCGGGGGUGCGGGAGUGUGCGACCCCCCCCUCCCCCAGGUCUCGGAUAGGGGGGCGCCGCAGGUCUGUGCGUCCGUUUUACAACAGCAUGGCAGCUCACUCAGUGGUCAGCAUCAUGGGUCUGUGCUUGUGUCGCCCUCGGGAAGACGUCCUGGCGGUUUUUAUUUCUUUAAAUGUUUUUUUUUCUUCUUUUUCAGGAUCGCAGAAGGACGGUUUUACAAGGCUCCUCCCACAGGCUGUCUGGGCUUCGAAAAAACUCAGCAGCGGAAGCCAGCCCCAGGUUACCCAUGAGCCUCUGCCAAAAGCACCCGCCGACGUCAAGAUGCCCGGUGCCGUCAACGGGAAGGAGCCCAACAGCGGGACGGCCCCCGUUGUGGACCCGAGCACGCUCGGGGAGCGUGGGGGGGCCGCAGGCCGGGUGGCGGGGGGCGAGGCCGGGAAGGGGGAGCGGGCUCCGGAGCAGGGGGGUGACAGGCCGGAGGCGGAGGCCGGGGAGAAGGAGCGGGAUGGGACCCUGUCGGUCAGGCAGCUCCGGAUCGUGCUGUUCGCCCUGUGCUGCGGCGUGCCCCAGGCGGCGGAGCACUUCGGCAGCCCCCCCCAGCUGAUCACAACCUGGAUGGGCAGCCUGGAGGAGAAGGAGAAGCAGAGGGAGCAGGAGGGCAAGGCCGGGGGGGCCAGAGCAGCCGUGGACAAGCUGGUGGCGUGGGUCCUGGGGCAGAGGGAGCAGCAGCUGCCGGUCAACGAGAAGAGCCUCUUCCAGAAGGCCUCGGAGAUCCACAGCACGGCCAACCAGAACAGCUCCUUCCGCAUCUCCUACGAGUGGGCCGUGGGCUUCAUGCUGCGGCACAACCUGGGGCUGCAGGCCAGGGGGGCCGUGGGGCGCCGGCUGCCCCCGGACAUGGAGGAGAGCGUCCGGGCUUUCGUGGAGUUUGUCCAGCGGCAGAUCCGCGUGCAGGACAUCCCGCUUGCCGUCAUCGGCACCAUGGACGAGCUCUCCGUCUUCGUGGACCUGGAGGCCCUGGCCGGCCCUGGCGCCACCGGCAAGGAGGCGGCCUUCCAGCUGGUGGGGACGGGGGAGUCGCUGUUCGACGUCGUCGUGGCCACCCUCGCCGACGGCAGCAUCCUGCCCACCCUCAUCUUCUUCAAGGGCCAGCCCCCGAGCCGGGUCCUCGCCUCCCUUCCCGACUCCGUCCUGCUGGAGGCCAAGCCCGAGGGCUUCACGGAAGAAGAGGAAGUGGAGAUCUGGAUCUCCAGGGUGUGGCAGAAGCACAUGGAUUCUCAGAGUGGCGCCAAGGGCAUGCUGGUGGUGGACUCCUUCCGCUCCCACAUGUCCGAAGACUCUCUGGCGGCCUUGAGCGCGGCCAACACCCUGCCGGCCAUCAUCCCUGCGGGCUGCACCUCCAGGGUCCUGCCGCUGGAGGUGUGCGUGGGGCCCGCCCUGCGGAGCUUCUUGCAGGCCAAGUGGAGCUCCUGGGCCAGCCAGGCCCAAGAGCCGGGGCCCGGCGCCGAGCAGGUCCUGCAGCUGCUCGUCGGCUGGGUGGCGGAGGCGCUGGGGGCCGUCGCCGCCCACCCCGAGCUGCUGCAGCAGUCCUUCCUGGUGGCCAGCGUGCUGCCGGGGCCCGAGAGGGUGGAGAGCGUGGCCGAGACCCAGGCCGAGCUGGUCGGCCUGCUGGAGCGGCGGCUGACGGGGGCCGAGCCGACGGCGGGCCAGGCGCAGGGCCAGCAGGAGCCGCGGCUCGGGGGGGGCCCGGAUCUGGGAAAGGAGGACGGGAGCGCCUCUCCGGAUGAAGGCAGGGCUCUGCCGGACCCCAGGGCUCUGCACCACAUCUUCGAGAGAGACAGCGAUGCCGAGUCCUUCCACGGGUUCGACGACGCCGAGCUGGAGCCUUGAGCGGCCGCGGCGGCCCUCCUCCUCGCAGGCGGCCUGGAUCUCUGGGAAGUGAGCGUCAGGGAAGCCUUUAAGUGAAGAAGGCAAGGUCUUUAAUGAGUCCAACUUGGCCAGUUGUCUUGUGUGCCCUGUCCCUUCUUUCCUUCUCGCCAGACGUUUACGAUCGUGUCUUCCCUGAACAAGUCGGUGGGGUUCGGUCUUGUCCUCGCCCCCCUCUUCCAGUGCAUUAACCCCACUAUCUCUAUCAAACCGGUGUUUUAUUUUUCCUAAAGCUGGCCGGUAAGCUGGUGUUCCUUGAGGGAUGUGCCUCUUGGGGAAACGUCAAAUGAGUGGGAGGUUGCAGGGGAGGCAGGGAGCCAGGACUGGGAAGGAAAAGUGUGUGAAAACCAGGAUUCUGUUUUUGAUGGCUUUUCCGACAACGUUUCCUGAAAAGUUCUAUCAAGUUCUCUCUUACUCUCAUGUAGAAGAACGCAUCUCGCUUUUUCAGAAAGCGGACAGGGGUGUUCAGCGUGAGUGAUCACAGUUAAGAGUUCAACCCGCUGGCUUCAGUAAAAGGCUGACAGCUCAGGUAUGCAGAUUUUUAAUGUUUCGCAGUUUUUUUUAAAGAUGCGUGUGUGAUGAGGGAAGGGUCACUUCGAAUUCAGGAUCCUAUGAUUCACUUUUCCGUUUGCAAACAACAUAACUAUGCAUUUUAUUUUUGGUGUACCCAAGGACCUGGUAUUCCUCACUGCAAACCUAUACAAUCUUGGCGCAAGCUUGUUCUGAAUCAUCCCUAAAGUCUUGUUUCUGGGGGCUAUCAGUUCAGUGCAUGUAUAUAUUUGUUUUUUUUUUCCCCAAGUCCCAUGAGAAAUGAAUGGCUUUCCCUCCUGGGAGCAGCCUGUAGUAUUGGGAGGAAGCGGAGACAAGGUUACUGCACUGGGAAUCUUCACCAGGCCACCUCGUUGAGAGACUUGCAGUCUUGCCUGCAAAACCCAUCAUGAGUGCGUUUGAAAUGGCUUUUUUUCCCUUGAAUCCCUCAUCCCCGACGCUCACCACUGUUGAAGCUGCAAGGUUGCGUUUUCUGCGCUUGUUCUUCACACUGGUGCAUUCAGACAAAGGGUUUUAUUCACGAAUAUAAUGUCUCUCUGCACUGUCUUGAGACAACGGGCUUCUUGAUUUCUGUGAAAUACUAAAAGCAAAGCUGUAAAAAAGAUGUGUGCAAGAUUUUUUUAAGGAUGUACUGCAGGUAUUACCGGUGUUUUAAAAGGGAGCUGUGUUGUAUCUCCUUUUCUGAAGUGACACCUGUCUGCUCCAGGCAGGUGACCUUAUUCCCAACACCCUGCACAGUCAGGAUUCGGCUGUGUCUCUUACCCGCUGCGGGUCUCGUGGCGCGAUUCUCCUUGAUCUGGUUUCAAGCGGAUUGUGAACAGAUGUGAUCCAGAGGUGCCAUUACUGAAAAUUCUUUCCUCCCUCCUGCCUGUGCCAUUUAGUGUAGGGAGCAAGGCAGGAGUGUAAAUGCUCUCACUUGGCACAGGACUCCAUUCCUCUGCCUCCACCCAUUUCCUAACCACUUUAUCCAGUACAGGGUCACGGGGGAGCUGGAGCCUGUCCUACCACACCCAUUUUCACCAGUUCAGCAUUUAAGUUAACAAGCACUGUUGCACUGAGCUCUGAUGGACACUCUGGCAGAGGGAGGGAGAGAUAGAGAGAGAGGAAUAUUGCACUACACCAGUCCAUGAGAUGUUUCUCCUUUUGAUGAAGACUUGCAGGAGGUUUAACAGGCACACCAAUACUUUUUUUUUUUAUAAAAGCCUCACCUUUUCUGAGCAUCAAUGCAGCCUUUAAAAACACCAGGCCCUAGUCAGGCCUCCAGCUAGGCCCCAAACUGAUCAGUGCGGUCUUGUUUUUAACAUGGGUCUGUUUUUAGUUCUGGGUAUGGGCUCUGUUUCUCAAUAACCAUGUUGCUGCUUCUUUGGACAUUGGUGCUACCCACUGUCCCUCUCCUUUCAGGGGGUAGGGGGUUUGGAGGAGGCAGUGCUGUCUCGAUUCGGAGAGAGAAGUGGGUAUUGGGUUGUGCUGAUCUCGGCUUUUGGACUAAACCGAUGAAAUUUCUGCUCAGAUGGACUGUACUUUCCUUUACAAGAUGAUCAAUGAGCCUAACACAGUGAUAAUCCCCAGUUUUUUUGUUUUUUUUUGCACCCUGUCCACAAGUCGAUUGGGCUGCAGGGCCCCCACGCCCAUCCCUUCUCGAACCCGAGGCAUUUGUCACGUGCUGUGAAGUACAGCGAUCUGUUUUUCCUCAAGCGAAUCAGAAUGGUGUUUCGUACUGUAUUUCUUUUGUUUGUUUGUGUUAUUUCUGGACCUAUUUUAAAUGAUUUCUAGGAAGUGUGCCUGAAUGGAUUUUUCUGUAAUAAAAGAGGAAUAAAAUGAU